AUGACGGAGUUCAGAGAAGCUAUAAUUGAUUAUGAGAAAAAAGGAAAAGCAAUUACUUUACUACAUACCAACGUACCGCAAGAAUUUCAAGGAAAAGGAGUUGGAAAAAUAUUAGCAAAGUAUGCAUUUGACUAUGCCUUGGAAAAUAGUUUAGAAGAAGCGAUACAGGAAAUAGCGUACACCUCGGAGGAAGGUCGGUUGCUUAUCGCUCGCGCUGCAUUGGCCCUGAAGAAGGGUGAUGUAGACAAUGCAAUCGAUAUAUUGAACGAAGUCAAGCCAGGGCAGCCUUACUACUUUCAAGCUCACAGCAAAAUGGCCCACAUCUAUUUAAAGGAGAAGAGGGAUAGAGCCAAGUUCACCGCUUGUUUUAAGGAGAUCGUUAGCAAUCACCCCAUGGCCGACGCGCAUACGAUGAUGGGGGAUGCAUAUAUGUCGAUACAUGAACCAAUGCAAGCUGUGGAUUCGUAUGAAAUGGCGUUAAAAGGAAACCCUAAAGACAUGCAGCUACUUCGAAAAUUGGGCACGGCGCUCGUCAAAAUGCAUGACUACGACAGAGCGAUACAACAUUACGAGAACUCGUGCCAAAUGUUAAAUAACGAAGAAAUGAACUUCGAAUAUCUCGAGCUCCUUAUAAAGCUCAAGAAGUACGACAAGGUCGACGCGACCAUAUCGAGCGAGCUGAACCAGCUUCGCAACAAGGAGAAGGAUGUCGCGUCUCUGAGGCGGCGCAUACGGCUGCUGCUGACGCAGGCGAAAGGGCGCGAAUUGAAGGACCCUAACGCUGGCAACACCGCCCUGAUCCUCGCUGAAGCAAAGGACCUGCAGAUGUCGAUCGUGAAGAGGACGGAGAUAGACUCGAGGGGCGACCUUCAAGAAGAGCGGCAACGCUUGGCGAGCAUACUUUGCUCGCUAGCGAAGGCCAAGUCCUCAAAGGAGCCGGGCGUCGCAGCGAGUUUAUACUCCGAGGCCCUGAUACACUCUCCGAGGGACGCCGACAUUUUGCUGUCGCUGGCAAAGCUGUACGCGCACAUGAACAACCCUGAACGAUGCGAACAGACUUGUGCCGUUCUAUUGAACACUGAUCCAAACAACGAGUCAGCUGCGGUCAUGAUGGCGGAUCUGGCUUUUCGGAAGGUCGACUUUGAAACGGCGCAGCGGCAUCUGAGCCAAAUAUUGUCCGUGAAGCCGACUAGCUGGGAGGCGCUGGCGCAACUGAUCGAGGUCCAGUGGCGGCGCGGCAAGCUGGCGGAAGCGGAGCAGGCCCUGGACACGGCCAAGGAAUCCCUGGAGAACCUCGAAGACCCAGGUUACAACUACUGCGCGGGCCUCUGCUCACUGUACUCGGGAAAGGUGAACGCAGCGCUGCGGCAGCUGAACGUGGCGCGCCGCUCGCCGCUGUGGGGCCGAAGCGCAGCGCGUCGCAUGGCGCUGCUCUGCCUCUCGCAGCACGCGCCCGACGCCCUCGCUGAGCACUCGGACACGAGGUUGCUGGCCCUGAAGACAGCGGAGAAGUUGCUCAGCGAGGUGGAGCCGGCCGAGAAGAGGUCGCUGCAAGCGUUACUGCAGCUCGCGAAUAAACAGAAGUCUCAAGCCGAGAGGGUCCUGCAGGAACUGUUGCCGCUCGCUGCCGAGGACGGUAACCAGGACGACCCGUAUUUGAUCCUCGCAAUCGCGAACGCUUACAACAUCACCAAGCAACCGACCCGUGCGAAGAAUAUCUUGAAACGAACAAUCGCUUCUAUACCAUGGACACCGGAGAAAGCAGAUGGCCUGGAAAGAUGCUGGUUGGAAGUAGCAGAAGGGCAAGUCAACUCGAGCAGGCUGGACGCGGCGAAGGAAUUGCUCACUAAGAUUUUGAAUCACAACAACUCGUGCGCCACCGCCUACCAAUAUUUAGGGUAUAUUGCGGAGAAAGAGCAGAACUACAAGAGCGCUGCGCACAAUUACGACAACGCUUGGACACACAGUGGCAAAACGGACCUCGCAGUUGGCUACAAACUGGCCCACGCGUACCUCAAGCUCAAGAAGUACCCGGAAUGCAUCAUCGUCUCAAGGCACAUUCUCAAAGUGCACCCGGAAUAUCCCAAAAUAAGGAAGGAGAUAAUGGACAAGGCAAAGGCCAAUUUGCGGACG